CAACCGCCAUAAAACCGUAGAAGAAGAAGCAGAAGCCCCGCCCGCCCAGAGGGAACAGCUCUGUCCGCUUGGAUCAGACCGCAGUCACUGCUUCAGCUCUGCUACCUUCUGUCACUCAGAGCAGAGAGGAGAGAAGGUCUGGAGAAGAUGCCCACUGACCAGGAACCAACCUACACUGUGAAGCUGCUGCAGCUGCUGCUCCUCUCCACCUACUGGGGGAUGCAGAUAUGGGUGACUUUUAUUUCAAGUUUUAUAAUGGACCACAACCUGAACCGACACACGUUUGGGUUUAUCCAGAGUCGCCUUGUUCCUUUCUACCUCCACCUGGGUUCAGCCUGCGCCUUCUUCAACCUCACCAUCUAUGCUGUGUAUCAUCCCAGAGACAUCAUGGAUGACAGGGAAUCCUUCCAGAUCUUCAUCUUCUUCGUGUCGGUGACGGUGGCGGCUAUCAACGCUCAGUGGUUCGGCCAAAUGACGUCAGAGAUCAUGGCAGACAUGCAUCUUAUCGAGCAGGCAUGCGGGCUGGGUCAAGAUAUCGGGCUGUCGUCCAACCGCGAGGCUUACGCCAAGCUGUGCGAGUCGGACGUGAAAUACAAACACCUGAGCAGGCGCCUGUGGCUGUACCGCCUGCUGUCGUCCCUCUGUAACCUCUGCUGCAUAGGCUGCAACUUCUACAGCCUGUCCUACAUGGCCGAGAACCUGGUGAAGCUAUAAACCUCACACACACACACAGGCUGGAAUCUGACCUCUACUCCGGCACAACUGCACGGUUCCACCUCAACAGCAGCGGAUAUAUUUUUAAAUAUGAGGUGAAAAGUCAGGAGAGUUAAAUUUUUCCUUGGUUUUAUCGGAUAACAAAAGGAAGGCGACUCAUUCUGUCAGACACGCCUCUCGUCUUGCCUUUUUACGGAGACUGCAACCUUUCACCUAGUUGGGCUGACAGCUGCUCUGAUGUUGCUCCUGUUUUACCUUUGCGGUUAAUAUGGUGUCCUGAAAUUAAUUUAAUGUUGUUUUUUUGAUGAUUUGUUUUCUAUGUGGGACAAUGAGGGAGCAUUUGGAUCAGGAUUUCUCCAUUCUGAUAGAAGCACCUGGACCUUUAGUGAAGGAGUUUUCCUACUCAUGCUCUCCCUGUUUAGGAUGGAGUUCCUUCUGUUGUAGUUUUGCAGGUUUGUCUGGCUUUGUUUUUUUUUCCUUUUCACAAUUUAGAGCUGAAGACUGCACUUUAUCUGUCUUUCCAUCUCCUGGCUGGUUGCAGAAUGACAAACACUCAGGUGUGCAGGGAGCCUCUCCGCACCUUUAUAUCCAGGUUCUAUUUGUUAUGGAGUCUGA